UUUCGACGCGGAACCGACAUUUACCGAUUCUAAAAGUCUUAAGUUGAGAACGAAAAAGUCUGCAAGAAAAUCGGGAAAAUCGACACACUUAGGUGAUUACGUUUCUUCGAAAUACUCAACUACAAUGGCCGGUGGUAAUUUGAAUAAAGCCAUCGAUCUCGCCAAAAGAGCCGCCGAAGAGGAUUCGGCCAAAAACUAUGAAGAGGCGCUCAGGUUAUAUCAGAGUGCCGUGGAGUACUUCCUUCACGUCAUCAAGUAUGAGACCAAAGGCGAGCGCUCCAACGACAUGAUCCGAACCAAGUGCGGCGACUACCUGAGCCGGGCCGAGCAGUUGAAGGAGUACCUGAAGAAGAAGGAGCGGGCGCCACCCGCCAAACCCGUCAGGGAGUCCAACGGCAAAGGCAGUGAAAGCGACGAAGGGGAAGAUUCCGAGAAAAAGAAGUUCCAAAAUCAGCUGUCAGGCGCCAUCGUGAUGGAGAAACCAAACAUUAAGUGGAACGACGUCGCCGGCUUGGAAGGAGCCAAAGAUGCUCUCAAGGAGGCGGUCAUCUUGCCUAUUAAGUUCCCUCAUCUGUUCACUGGAAAAAGAACGCCAUGGCGUGGGAUUCUCCUGUUUGGCCCGCCGGGAACCGGAAAGUCCUACCUCGCCAAGGCCGUCGCCACGGAGGCCGGCAACUCCACCUUCUUCUCCAUCUCCUCCUCGGACCUGGUGUCCAAGUGGCUGGGCGAGAGUGAAAAGUUGGUGAAGAACCUGUUCUCGCUGGCCAGAGAACACAAACCCUCCAUCAUCUUCAUCGACGAGAUCGACUCGCUGUGCGGCUCCCGCAGCGAGAACGAGAGUGAAGCAGCGCGCAGGAUCAAGACCGAGUUCCUGGUCCAGAUGCAGGGUGUCGGGAAUGAUAACGAGGGAAUCCUUGUCCUAGGAGCAACCAAUAUACCGUGGACUUUGGACUCGGCCAUCAGGAGAAGGUUUGAAAAGCGCAUCUACAUCCCCCUUCCGGAGCAGGCGGCCCGCUCCUUCAUGUUCAAGCUGCACUUGGGCUCCACGCCCAACGAGCUGACGGAGGCCGACUUCGUCACUCUGGGGAAGAAGACGGAGGGCUACUCGGGGGCCGACAUCAGCGUCAUCGUCAGGGACGCCCUCAUGCAGCCCGUCAGGAAGGUCCAGUCGGCCACCCACUUCAAAAAGGUCCGCGGCUCGUCGUGGAACAAGCCCGACGUCGUCACGGACGACCUGCUCACGCCGUGCUCUCCGGGCGACCCCGGCGCGGUAGCCAUGACGUGGAUGGACGUCCCCGGGGAAAACCUUCUCGAGCCCGUUGUCUCCAUGGCCGACAUGCUGCGCUCGCUGUCCAACAUCAAGCCCACCGUCAACGACGACGACUUGCACAAGCUGACCAAGUUUACCGAGGAUUUUGGUCAAGAGGGCUGAUCGCUCCAUUUCUCAUCGGCGUCUAUCAAACGACAGGUCAAACAUGAAGAUCUUAUUAGACUGCAAUCACUGAUCAUGUGUUUACAUUGAUGCUCUUUAUCGUUCAUAUUUAUUUCCCAUCUUGUUUUUAUCGUAGCGCUCACAGCUUUCCAUUUAUCCAGGAACCCGGAAUAUAAUGCCUUGAUUAUAAAAGCAUUUUUAAUUGCGACAGUUAUUGAAUGAAAAUUUUGUAUUCCAUAUUUGCCUUGACUGCGGGAACACGGGGAGUUGGUUUUUUUCAGACCGAGAUAUUUUCCCUUUUUUUUUUGUGUGUGUGCCAAAAUCAACUUACCGAAAUAUUCUCUCGUUUUGCACUUUUGUUGUAUCCUAAAAUGUGUUCUGUGAACAAAAGUCUGUAAUAAAUUGUCAAUUCAUGACACUGUGAAUACCUUUAAUUAAUUUUUCUCUCACAGAACAGUCAUAAAUUGUAAUGCGGGGUCUGUUCCAAAGGCAAGACUCUCCACAACUGCAUACAUGCGUGCAGAUGCUUGUUUGAAGUUCAUUUUCAAACGAGUUCAAAUUUUACCUCGCGAUUCCAUCAAUUAUGUUGUAGUAUCUAUUUAUUUUUUUUCCUCACUAUGUUGCUGCAAGAUGUUAUCGUUCAAAUAACAGCCAGGUGCUUGAUAUGCCGACGAUGGUCAGGCCGACUAUGGAGGUUCCCGGUGGCGAUCUUAAGCUCCGCCCCCUUCGCCGUGUCCCACAAGCUUCUAAAAUGGCGACUGAACAGAACAUGUUUGAAGUCGAUCCUCUAUCUUAUAUUCCAGAUAACAUUGGGGUAUAUUUUUUUGCCAAAUGCGUCAGACUUGUCCAAGAGAGUUCUACAGAGAGGUCUCAACUAUUUCACGCAAGGAUAUGUACAAAGAAUUAAAAUUUUGGACGGAGCAGGACGCAAUGUCAGACUUACAGCGAAAUGUUGCCGAUACUGCGCAUUUAAAGCAGGGUGAGUACUUUUACUUGGAAAAGAUCACAAGUAAUAUUGCAGUCUUUAUAAGUGAGUGGGUGUAUUCAUUUGACUUGGCUCGUAAUCGAACCCAGAGCUCUGUCUUAAAAGAAAGAGUUUAAUGCUAACGCAGCGGUGCUAACGUGGCGGUGCUAACGCUAACUAGCGCAGCAACUGUGAAAACAGUCAAGGCUUGAAGGCCGGGAAUUACCAUA